CAUUGAGGACCUAGAUCUAUUACUACCAUUGUACAAAGUUGUAAAUGCAGUUAAAAGAAAAGAUUUAACCGUUCUUAAUUUGAUCUGCUCAGAACUUGUGGAGCUCUCUAACGUCUAUGCUCAAGCAGUGAAAAUGGCUGUGGUUGUUACUGAUGAUGUUGCAGAAAGUGAAGAACUUGAGAAUCUAAAAUCAGACAUUGUGGCACUGACACGUACAUUAGUUCAAACAGCUCAAGAAACAGCCAUGAGUUCUGUUACGAGUACAGACAGCAUCUAUAAGCAAGCUACAUUGUUUUCCGAUAGGAUCAAUCAAAUGCGCAAGAUUUUGCUUCCUAUUGCAGGAAUUUGGUAUCAUGCAAUCUGUGCCAUAUUCCAAAGUCAACCACAAACAGAUGCAACACAGGAAAUCCGUUAUGUCAUGGGUGCAUGUGCAGAUAUUGUAGAGCUUGUUAUAUUUUCAGAUAUUCAACAAGGUAAACAUCAGGAGAGGAUCACCACACAGAGCAAACUCCAGGCAGCUCAGGUUAAUGCUAAGCUUCUCACUGGAAUGGCCACUUCCGUACCUCCUGGAUCUGAUCAUUUAGAGGCCUCAUCUAUUCUUUGGGCUCUGUCCAUCCAGGUUCUGCUAAAUUCUAUUGAUAAACUCCUAGGGGUCUCAGUGGAGGGUGGAACAAGUCCCCUCAGAUGUCAUAGGUCAUCCCUGCAAAAACGCUUAUCGCUGAUGUCAGAAAACUCAGUGCGGAUCCAAGAAGCAUCGAGAUUGUCCUCCUUGAUUUGUAAAAACACCAGCACAGUUAGGAACAUGAGGGAUCUUCAACAGGAGGUGAGGAGUUUCACUGAAGCCUACCUUCAGGCUGCUGAGAAUCUGAACACUGCUCCCCUUGCUAACCUUCAGCAGCUCGCCACGACUGAAUUACUGAAGAGAACACUUCAAGUUAAGGUGAAGGUCUUGUCUGCUCAUCUCAGUAAAGUAAACAAAGAAUACAUGGAUGCCUUUCAACAUCUCGUUCACCUGGCAGUUUUGGCCACCGCUGGAAAUGGUUGCAUUGAAAACAGGGAAGCAGCACAGCUGGAAUUUGACAAAUGUGCUCAAUCACUGAUAGGUGACAUGAAAGCUGUAAGUCAGAAGGUCCAAGACUGCCUUAAUUACGUCAGAGACCCCAGGGUUCGUGCUGUUUUGAGGUUUACUAAUGAGCAUCUGUUGUGUCAAAUGUCAGGCAUUGUAAGUAGAGCCAGAAAAAUGGUAGACAGUCAGAACACUUGUGACCUACCAGAUCUGGAGAUUCACAUGCAGUGUUGGUCAGCCAACGCUCACUUCCUUGUGGUGGAGCUAAAUAAAGUGGAGGGCAUUCAUCCAGGAAUGAAACAGCAGGUCAGACUUGGCCUGCAGGGUAAACAGCCCUGGGACAUGCCUGCAGAAAUAUCCUCAGCCCCGGUUCAGGAAAGAUGUCCUUUGACAACUCUAGCGGCGCCCAGCUCAAUGGAUUCUGCAACGAACAUCUUGGAACAAAAGAUUCAAAACCCCCCGGAAGCAAAACAGCCGAAAAAAGAGGGUGUCACCCAGCCUGUGACCACAAGAGCAGAGCCUUCUUUCAUCUACACAUCUCUCCGUCUGAAAAGAGAAAUGGACAAGUUCAGUGUGCACAAUAACCAGGUUGUUCAUGUGACGGAAGCCAUAGCUGAAAAGAUUUACCAUAUGGUUCAGUACCUGAGGAAGAAAGGACCUAUACAGGGGAAGGAGGCUUUUGUCAGCACAGCAAAGGACGUGAUCUCAAGCUGUCAACGGGUCACUCAGUUUAUUGGAUUUGUUACUGAACACUGCCUGGACCAGCAGUGCACGGAUGAGCUCCUCCGUAUCACGGAAUGCAUUUACACCACCACCAAGCAGCUCACCAUCAUCUCCAGCGUUAAUGCAGUGACUCCUGGGUGCAGGUCAUCCGAUGAGAUCCUAGUAAAGAAUGCACAGAACCUGCUCCACAUAAUACUCCAGGGGAUCCGAGCAGCAGAGGCAGCCUGCAUCAAGGGCUUAAAACAGCCAGAACCAAACUCAGAGGGUACAGAGGCUGUAGCCCUGUGUUUCCAGUGGAGACAGAACCUUAUGAUCCACCGGGCCCAGCAGAACUCCAGCCUGGAGACCGAUGACUUGGGACUUCGCAAGAUUUGCCCACAUGAGGCGGCUCCAAGUCUAGCACCAGUCAUUCCAAUGCAGGAGUUCUACAGGUGACCACAAUCUAAGCCAAGCAGCCUAUAGCCAUCAGUCACUCUCAAUGAGGAUACAAUUAAUACAAAAUUAAGGAUAAAAAUUAAAACACAAUGGGGCAUUACUUUACUAGACUGUCUAACGAAGUUCCCACCGCAGAAGG